AAUGGCGUGGCAAAUACCGCCGGCGUGGAAGGGGAACUAGAUUCACAACGUUUAACUGUAUUUGUCGAGAGCUUGGUUUUUCGUCCUAACCUGUCGAUGUUACUUCGUCCGGAUCGUAACAUCGAUUUUAGCCGAGGAACAGUAAAGUCUAUCAACGAGCACGUCGUAUUCAGUUGUCGAUCACGUCUGGUGAACCGUCUGGUUCGCGUUGUAGCGAUUUUUAUUCGCGAUUGACCAUUGCUCGCAGGACAACGCUUGAGAAGACGCGGCGAUGAUGGAAAGCUGAGAAUUACGGUUUUCAUAUCGUGCACGAGAGAUGAAUGGUACCAGACUUGGCAGGGGUCGAGGUGGCCGGCUGGCCGUAUACGUGGGCUGCGGGAUGGUGGUCAUUCUCCUCGUGUUCCUCUACCGCGCCGCCACCUCAGAAAUGGCCAGGCUUCAAGAGCUGAACGUCCAAUGUUCUCAUCAACAGGAGGCUCUUGCCGCUCAACUUCAAGUGAUAUUUGAAUACAAGGUGAGGUUAGAAAAAUCGUUGGCCGAGGAGAAGAGCUCGAACGCAGCUGUGAAACAGGAGCUCCAGCAACGGGCGUCCAGGGAAAAAUCGCUUAGGGACAAGGAUAGCAUAGAGGCGAUGCAGAGAUUCAACUCUUUGCAGCAAACGUACAAGCUGCUGCAGACGGAGCACCAGGAUUUGAAAGAGGAGUGCAAGAAACGGGACCAGCAAGCUUUGGAGGACACCAGUAAAUUGGAGACCACCCUCAGGGAGCUUCGUAGCCGGAUCAGGCAGGCGAGGGAGGACAAGGAGAAGGCUUUGGAGCAUUUGAAGAACAAGUUCCUUGAGCUGGACACGCAGAAGAACGAGUUGGAGCAGAAGUACAAUGACAUGUUGAAGAAUAACGUGGACACGGACAGCACGAUUGAACAUUUGAGAAAGGAGGUGAUUCAAUUGAAGCGCGAGCUGGACGAAGCUAGGAAAUUGUCGCGCAAAGCUACUUCUCCCGGAUCGAGCGUGGCUAAUCCACAAGCGGUGGCGUCGCAGGCGAAGUCUGGAGAAGAAGAGAACGCAGAUAAACCUGUUGAUCGGUCGCAACAGCAGCAGAGCACGGUGACGGCCAGCCUGAUGAAGUCGAUACCGGCUGUCAAACUGGAGACCUCAACGCCGGCAAACAGCGGCAAUCCGAUGUCCACGUUCGCGGACAAGUCCCUUCCGAUCGCGAAACCGGUCUUGAAAUCCAAACUUCCGGUUGGCGUGCCUCCCAUCCCGGUGAUCAUCGACCAGAAGUUGGAGAAUCGCGAGGAGAAGCAAGACGAGGUGGCCAGAAAGAAGGAGGAACCGAAGAAGAAGGGCCUGGACAGCAAGGAGCAAGAGGGUGAAAAUGGCAACCUGGAUUCUCCAUUCGAAGCUGUUCCAGCCAGAAGAGCCGAUGAACAGGUGGUUCCAGAGAGAAGAGGGAACGGUUGGUUCAACGUUGGCCCAGGUGUACAGGAAAUCGGUGAUGAAUUGAAUCACAUUCGUUUGGCUGGGAUGGAUGGUGGCGGUGAACGAGUCGAUGUUGGUGAUGAUCAGUACGAGGGCGUCGAGUAUGACAAAGAACCGCAGCAAAAGGACAGUGAUUUGAGAUUGGUCGAGGGUGAAGAUGAAGGCGAAGAUGAGGAUGAUCAGAUAGACUAUCCACAGAACUUGAAACAGGAUAAAAGGGAAUGAAGAAUUUCAAAGAGAAAAAAUAUGAAGUGAUGAAUUGGAAAGAUUUGGUUGAAAAAAAUGAUGAAAUCUCGUU